AUGAUCCAGGGCGCCCUAGAACCCGGUGGCCCCGGCUGGGGCUGGGACGGAGAUGGAGACGAUGACUGGGACAGUGCUAUGCUCACCCUGUUGGCGCUGGCUGUCGUGGCUGCCACGGCCCUGGCCCUGCACUGGUUUGGCUCUGAGCAGGACCGGGAGGCAGCAGGACCAGCGUCCACUGGCCCCCAAGCCCAGCCUUCUCAGGCAGGAGGAGCUGGGCCAGCCCUGACCCCAAAGUCCAAGGUCAGUGGUGGCAUCGAGGGACACAGCUCUGGGCAGGGGAAGCCAGAGCCUCCAGGACUGAGCCAGGGAACUCCAGCUACAAGUGCCCAGGACCACCAGCCCCACGAAAGUGAAGAUCUGACUGCCACGGCCUCAGCCCCACCCAAGGCACCCAGCGAGGCGGCCAGCGGAGAGGCCUUGGGACAGCAGCAUGGCAGUGCCACCUCUGAAGUCUCCCGAGGUGCAGGAAAGCAGCAGCCCAGGCCAGGUGCCACCCUCCUGGGUAGGAGCAAAGCAGGGGGAACACCUGCCCCUCUCCUGAUACACUUCACUCCUCCGAGUCUGGACAGAGACGUGGAGGUGCAGGCGGAGGCAGGAGGCAUCCCAGCCAAGGCGCCAGCUCACCAGGCCCCGGUCCACACGGUGGAACAGGACACCGGCUCCUGGAAACACGGAGCGGGGCCACCUGGCUCACUGGGGAGGCGGUCAGGCAGCCGGCGGAGGCAGGUGGAUGACAGCCCAGGAGAGAGAACCCGGCGCCUCCCAAAGCUGGACCCCCUGCGCCUGGGAGCGGCGGUGAGUGUGUGGGACGCUGUGGAUGCAGCCAGCACCUUCUCUGCAGGUGCCCAGAGGCCCCUUUACCGCCAUGAGCUGCCCCCACCAGACUCGGUGCAGGCUGGACGCUUGACAGAUGGCUCAGAGAGGGGGUGUGGGAGAAGCAGCCCCCAGUCAGACCAAGUUUUAGCUCUGGAUUCAGGGACCAAAGCUGGUGAGAGCAAGGAGUCUCAGGGGUCCCCAGCCUCUGUGGAAGGCUGGCCUUGGGCAAAGAGGGAGGUCCUUGUCACCAAGAGCUUCAGCCAGACCCCAGGCUUCACAGGACCAAGGCCAGAGGGACAGCAGUGGGGACACCCACUCUUGUCUCAAGAGGGGACCACAGUGACCUGCACUAUAGGAAAGGUUGGGGUGAAUGGGUCUGGAGACCACUCUUUCUUCCGCUCAGACUCAGGCAGGAUAGAAAAGCAAGGGACCCGCAGUGGACAGGUGGCUGGCUGGCUGGACACAGAGAAGCCAGCCACAGAUGGCCUUGGUUGUGCCCCCUCUCCGCAUCCCUCAGCCACACCCCGCCCACUCAUGCCUAAGCCCCUCUCACCCUCAGCUUCCCUGACUGAAGCACAUACCAACCAAGGUCUCUUACCUGCAGCCCAGACUCUUCCGAUCGCCUCUCCUUCACACUCUUUGCCCCUUAGAGUUGAUCAGGGUACUGCCAAGGAUGAAAAUAUCAGAGUAGUGUCAGCCCCCAUCUCAGCCCCUGCCCCAUCCCCAGCUGCACUCCCAGCCCCAGGCCCAGCUACAGCUACAGUCCGAGCCCCUGCCCCAACCCCAGCCACAGCCCCAGCUGCAACCUCAAUCCCAGCCCCAACCCCAGCCACAGCUACAGCCCGAGUCCCUGCCCAUGCCCCUGCCCCAGCUGCACCGCCAGCCCCAGCCCCAAUCCCAGCCACAGCUACAGCCCAAGCGCCUGCCCCAACCCCUGCCCCUGCCCCAGUCCCAGCUACUGCCCCAGCCCUAGCCGCACCCCAAGUCCCAGCUGCAUCCACAGCAGUAGCUCCAACCGCUGCCCCAGCUCCAGCUCCAGCCCGAGCCCCUGCCCCAGCUGCAGCCACAGCUCCAGUUGCUGCUACAUUCCCAGCCCCUACCUCAGCCCCAGCUGCAACCCUUGCCCCUGCCCCAGCAACUGCUGCAACUCUUGCCCCAGCUCCAACCCCAGCCCCUGCUCCAGUUGCAACCCCUGCCUCAGCCCCAGCUGCAAUCCCUGCCCCAACCCCAACCCCUACCCCAGCCCCUGCUUCAGCUCCUGCCCCAACUGCAACCCCAGCCCCAGCCCCCGUGUCAGCUGCAACCCCAGCCCCAGCCCCCGUGUCAGCUGCAACCCCAGCCCCAGCCCCUGCCCCUGCUGCAACCCCAGCCCCAGUUGCAACUCCAGCCCCUGCCCCUUCCCCUGCUGCAACCCCUGCCCCAGCCCCAACCCCAGCCCCUGCCCCUGCGUCAGCUGCAACCCCAGCCCCAGCCCCAGCCCCUGCCCCUGCGUCAGCUGCAACCCCAGCCCCAGCCCCCGUGUCAGCUGCAACCCCAGCCCCAGCCCCAGCCCCUGCUGCAACCCCAGCCCCUGCCCCAGCCCCUGCGUCAGCUGCAACCCCAGCCCCAGCCCCUGCCCCUGCGUCAGCUGCAACCCCAGCCCCUGCCCCAGCCCCUGCCCCUGCGUCAGCUGCAACCCCAACCCCCGCCCCUGCUGCAACCCCAGCCCCUGCCCCAGUUGCAACUCCAGCCCCUGCCCCUUCCCCUACUGCAACCCCAGCCCCUGCCUCAGCCCCUGCCCUAGCCCCAACCCCUGCCCCAGCCCCAGCCCCUGCCCCAGCCCCAACCCCUGCCCCAGCCCCAAAGCCUGCCCCAGCCCCAGCCCCUGCUGCAACCCCAGCCCCUGCCCCAGUUGCAACCCCAACCCCUGCCCCAGCCCCAACCCCCACCCCAGCCCCUGCCUCUGCUGCAACCCCAGCCCCAGCCCCAACCCAAGCCCCAAUCCCUGCACAAGCCCAAGCUCCUGCCCCAGCCUCAGCUCCAGUCUCAGUCCCCACAAGUAAGUCAAGGCCUGCAAGUCAGGAGCCUAGUAUGACUCUUCGCAAAGGCAACCAGGAGGGGCAGAUCUCAACCAGCUGGGGAAAUCUUAUUUCAAUGGUUCUUAGGAGUCACCCCUUCCCCCGGCAAGAGAGGCCCCAAGGGACAGACCUAAGGGCAGCUUCGGAAAGCCAGAGAGAGCCCAGCACUUCCACAGCCUCGGAGAACAGGGAGUCUGAUUCUCUCCCCGAAGGAGCCAUUCCUAGUCUCAAGGACAUGCACGGCUCCCCAGCUGGGGCGGCCACAGGGACAGGCACAGGGGGCCUGGCUGAGGCAGGAUGUCAGCCGCAGCACAGAAGUUCUGAGGCUAACGAGGCUGCGGUGCCCGGGGCCCCAGCUCCUCUGUCAGAACAGAGGAAGCCUGGCCCUGCACCCUCUCCCUCUGCCAGGCGGGAGCCACAGCCUGUCCCCAGGCCACGGAAACACAGCAUGUGUGAGCUAGCCAAGAGCUCUGAGCUGAAGGCCAGCCAGGUGGCCCCAGCAGAAGCCCCAGGGAAGAAGCCCAGCCCUGUAGGCAGCAGGGAGGUCCUCACAGAGGAGCAGAAAGAGGCCCGCAAACUCAUGGUGUUUCUGCAGAGGCCUGGGACCUGGGGGGUGGUGGAGGGGCCCCGGAAGCCCAGCUCCCCUGCCCGGGAGCCGGCUUUGGCAGCAGCUCUGCAGCGGCGGCUGGACCUGGGCAGCUGCCUGGACGUCCUGGCCUUUGCCCAGCAGCACGGGCAGCCUGUCCUGGCCCAUGAGACCUAUGCUUUGAUGAGCGACAAUCUGCUGCACGUGCUGGGAGACCCGAACCUCUACCGGCAGCUGAGUGGGGCUGACCGGGAGCGCAUCCUGAGCCUUCGAACUAGCAGGGGCCAGGCUGUGCUGGGGGUCCUCGUGCUGCCCAGCCUCUACCAGGUGAGCCGCUCAGGGCUCACCAGAGGCCCUCGAGUGGAGGAGGCUGCUGCCACAGGUGCUGUGCCCCUGCCUCUCCCAUCGCACCUGCACGUGUUCAACCUCCAAGAGAACACCUGGCGGCUCCUGACCCAGGUGCCAGAAGAGGCCCCGCUGCGGGGCUGUGGCCUUUGCACCAUGCACAACUACUUGUUCCUGGCAGGGGGCAUCCGUGGCUCGGGCACCAAGGCCACCUGUUCCAAUGAGGUCUUCUGCUACAACCCUAUGACCAACAUCUGGAGCCAGGUGCGGCCCAUGCAGCAGGCCCGUGCCCAGCUCAAACUGGUGGCCCUGGACGGGCUGCUCUACGCCAUCGGUGGCGAGUGCUUGUACAGCAUGGAGUGCUACGACCCCCGCACAGACACCUGGACCUCACGGGCGCCCCUCCCCGCGGGCACCUUCCCUGUGGCUCACGAGGCCGUGGCCUGCCGUGGGGACAUCUAUGUCACCGGGGGCCACCUCUUCUACCGCCUGCUCAGGUACAGCCCGGCGAAGGAUGCUUGGGAGGAGUGCCCCUACAGCGCCAGCCACCGGCGUUCCAGCGACAUGGUGGCACUGGGCGGCUUCCUGUACCGCUUUGACCUGCUGCGGGGCGUGGGUGCCGCUGUAAUGCGCUACAACACCGUGACGGGCUCGUGGAGCCGGGCCGCCCCCCUGCCCCUGCCGGGCCCUGUCCCGCUGCGCUGCACCGUGCUGGGCAACACCAUCUACUGCCUCAACCACCAGGUUACGGCCACCUUCACAGUCUCCGAGGGGACUGCCCAGUUCCAGGCCAAGGAGCUGCAGCCUUUCCCCCUGGGGAGUAAAGGGGUCCUCUGCCCCUUCAUCCUGACUCUGCCCCACUCGGCCCCGCUACAGACUUCCCUCUGA